AGCAUAUAAAAGGCAACUCACAACUGCAGGGAGAAGCUCUUGGGCUUCAAAGCUUUCUCUGCAAACAGGCAAAGAAAGGAAAAGAAAGAAAGAAGGCAAAUCAUGAGUACUAUUUCAAAGAAUUCCUUGAAGAACUCCCUUCUGCAGCUAGAAUGUUAUUUUACAUGGACUUUGCUGAAGGAGGAUAUAGAUCUUGCCUGCCUGGAAGAAUCAGUAUAUGAUCAGAUUGAGUUUUUCAUAAAACCCAACAUUUCAAAUUACAAUCUACUGUCUUACAUAUACCACCUAAAGCUCUCAGAUGAAGCAGCUCUGGAAUAUCUCCAAAAAGCUGAAGAAGAAGUUAAAAAAUAUUAUCCAGAUGAAAUUGACAGGAGAAGUCUCAUUACCUGGGGGAACUUUGCUUGGAUCUACUACCACAUGGGCAGAUAUGAAGAAGCUCAAAUGUAUAUAAAUAAAGUUGAAAACAGUUGCAAAAAGCUUUCAAAUACUGCUCAGUUGAAGAUUCAGCUUCCAGAGAUCUAUGCUGAGCAAGGAUUUGCACUGUUAAAAUUUGGAAGAAAGUACUAUGACAGAGCAAAAGAGUGCUUUGAAAACGCUCUGAGGAAAGAACCCAACAACCCAGAAUUUAAUGCUGGCUAUGCAAUAGCAAUGUAUCGUUUGGAAGAAUUUUCUUCCAGAAGCUGUGAAGAAGUGAACUCAUCUCUGGCGCCUCUGAAGCGUGCACUGGAACUGAAUCCAAUGGACACGUAUCUUCUGGCAUUACUUGCUUUGAAACUUCAGGACUUAGAUCAAGUUGAUGAAGCAGAGAGAUGCAUUGAAGAAGGAAUGCAGAAAACUCCUGAUCUUCCCUAUUUCCUGAGAUACGCUGCUAAAUUUUACAGAAGGAAAAAAGAACUGGACAAGGCACAAGAGGUUUUGGAGAGAGCCCUAGAAAUAUCACCAAAAUCCACCUUUUUGCUUCAUCAGCUAGGACUCUGCUACAGAGCAAAGCUGUAUGAGUUGAAAAGCAGUACAAGAUAUCCACCUCAAGAUCAAAUGGAAGAACUCAUUCAAAUUUGCAUUUCUCAUUUCAAAGCGGUGACUGAGCAAAAGCCAAAAUUUUUUAGUGCCCUAACUGAUUUGGCAAGGAUGUAUGGGGAGGCAAAGAUGUAUCGAGAAGCAGAAGAGACAUUUCAGAGAGCACUGAAGGUAAAUAUUCUGACUUGCUCCGAUAAACAAGAAAUAUGCUACCAUUAUGGAAAUUUUCUGCAAUAUAAAAAGAAAUCAGAAUCUGAAGCAAUCAAAUAUUACAAAGAAGGGUUAAAAAAUGGUAACCAUUAUUUUGCAGAAAAGAUCAAACAGUACCUGAAGAGACUGUUGGAAAGGAGAAUUCAAGGAGGAUUAGGAGGUGAAGAAGAUUUCAGUACACUUGGACUCAUUCAUAAACUAGAUGAUGAGAAGCUUGAAGCAAUUGAAUGUUAUGAGAAAGCCAAUGAAUAUAAUCCUGACAAUGAAGAAUAUCUGAGUGCGUUAUAUGAGCUACGACUUUCCCUCUCAAGCUGAAGUACUCCCAAAUCUCUCUCAACAACAACAAAAGCACAUUUAAAGAAAAAAUAUAAAUCCAUUUGUUCACUUUUUAAGUUUUUAAGUUUUUAGAGUUAUAACCAGUUGAAAAACCCGAUGGCAUCACUCUUCUAUGAUAAUGCAGAAUCUGCAGAUGAUGACCAGAUGACGAUUGUGCAUUUGCUUGCCUGUUCAUUACCAAAAAGCAUGCUCGAUAAGAAUAAAAAGAAGUUAAGCUACCUUAGCCUGCCAUGCUAGUACUGCUAUAAAAGUUGCCUAUGAGUACUGUCGGACACAAAGCUUCUAAGCUGGAAAGCAGUUCUCACCUUCUAUUGAGGAAAGAGAACUGUAAUAUUAUAAAAUUUAACCUAUCCACUUGAAAGGCAUGAGGAUAUUAAUAUGGUUAUUUCUGGUGUUUUUUUGAAUAUCAAGUGUCAUUUAGAAAAGACCUGUGUUGACUUGUUCAGUUUGCUACCUUGUAUGUUGUUCAACAAUAAAACAAUGACUAUCUGUUUAUUUCAUUGGGAAACAUGGGUUUAUAUUAAGGCACUUCAAUACAUAAGAUGUGGGAAAAGUAAAAGAAAACCAGGAAAAAGAAGUGAUGCAAAAAGCGCUUGCUUACCACCAGCUGACCAAUAUCCAGCCAGCCUCUGAACAACAGCAGCCCUGGCAAACUCCAUCCUCACUUCUCCCUUUCCAGUUUUUAUUGCUGAGCACAAUAUUGCACGGUAUGGAGGCAUCCCUUUGGUCAGAUUGCAUCAGCUCUCCUAGCUGUGAUCCUUCCUGGGCUGUCAGCCAUCCACAGCAAGUCCUCACAUCUGCAGCAGGCUUUCUUGCUGGGAGCAAACACCACUGAGACAACUCCAGGUCCUGGAGACCUUGGCUGUGCUCCCCAUCAGGCUGUCUCACUGAGACAGGUGCAUAGCAGGGCAGGGGAAGGCAUCAGCAAAAGGGGGAAGAGUAGCCCUCUGUGCAGUGAGUAAAAGCAAUACUUUGUGC